AUGCCGCACUCCCCUGCAACAUUUGAUUCGGUAAAUGUCAAAUGUCUGAUUGAGUUGAAAAGCAAAAAUUGCAAACAGUGUAGGAGUGACCCUCCGCUCCCAUGUGCUAGGGAGGUUCACACACACACACACACACACACACACCCGCCCCUGCCCGCGCACGCGCAUUCUGACCAAACUGCCGUGGUGGCCAGCUACGUCAGGACGUACGGAGAACAAGGACGUGCCAUAGGUGACACGGACAAGAUCGUCCCAAAGAAUACUUAUGGCAUGACCAAGGCGGUGUGCGAACUAUUGGUGAACGACUAUACCAGGAAAGGCUUCAUAGACGGUCGCACGGCAAGGCUCCCCACCGUCAUCGUGCGACCUGGCCGGCCCAAUGCCGCAACGACCAGUUGCUUCUCAGGAGUCGUGAGAGAGCCGCUCCAUGGUGAAGAUGCUGUGCUUCCUGUGGCAAGGAUGCUGCCCCACUCUGUGACAAGCACACGAGCAUUGAUCUCCAACCUCGUAAUUCUUCAUGAUGCUGAUUGGCCGAAGACGUUGACAGACCGCUCAGCAAAUCUGCCUUCCAGGCCAUGUACGCUGCAGCAGCUGAUUGAUGCGCUCUACGAAGUUGUGCCUGAGGACGAGCAUACCAAGCUGGGAAAGAUCGUCGACAAGGAGGAUGCCUUCCUCAGCCGCGUCGUGGGCAGCAUGGGCUCCAACCUCUCUUACGAGCGUGCGCGGGAGCUGCGAAUGCUUGCCGUGCCGGACUUGAAAACCGCGCCUUGGAUCGUAAAGCCUUGUCAAGUUUUUGGUUGUAGGUCGGGCUACAUACACUGCUGGCUGCUACCGUGUAGUUCCGCAGCCGGGGAACAUGCUGGAAGCUUGUAUUUAGCGAAGCCAGGUGAUUGA